AUGCAUGCAUGCAGUGAACGGCAAUGCCUUUCGUCCAUCAAUGACGUGUGGAUGAGGGAAGUGAGAACUGAAUCGCCGGACGAGCGCUCUUUGGCACACAUUUUUGGGACACUCUUAUGGUCAGCGAUGGUUGUGAUGAUAGACCACCACAAGAGACCACAACUCACUACAAUUGAGUCAAUGGUCAACACAAGCAAUGAGAACCUAAUGUGUGAGCUGUCGGGGCGGCCUAUGAUUGGCACACAAGUGAUGGCCAAUUGGUCUGAUUGUGGGUAUAGUUUGGGAAUAGUGUCAGAGUUGACAGGACUGGGAUGGCAGUGGUAG